CUUGUGAUGAGAACAGCAUGAAGCACACCCAGCCACCAGUGGACCUUUCGUUUACGCUGUAUGUAUGCGGAGGGUCUCUUCUUGGCAUCGCCAUUCUACUGAGGCUGUACUGCAGACGGCGGCGCACUCGUUUUCACUCGCCAUUGGACGUGGGCCAAGUGACGCUGUCCGAGAACAUCGCGCGGCGGAAGCAAGACCUCCAGCGCUUCAUCAGUACGCUGCAACGACAGUUGACGACUCGACAACAGCAGCUCGACAUGCAUGACCGCGUGGAGCAAGUGUUGACGGCGCGCCAAGCGCUUGAGACCCCUCCGUCCGACGAUCCAAGAUGGAACGAGAUCAUGCAACGCGGCAAGGAAAUGUACCAGGAUGAAUGGGAAGUCGGUACCGACGGCCAACUUCCUCUGGGGGUGCUAUUAACCAUGCAUAAGGACGAACUACUAGCUGCGACCACUCGAGCUACACCUCCAACACUUGCCUCCAGUCAUGCCAAGGCCAUUGACCGUCAGAACCAUGCAAUGUUGAUCCAGCAAGAGUACAUGCAAAAAACUGCCCGCAGCCAGCAAGGGGUGCCUGGGUCCGUCUUGCCGGUACCAGUGGCGGCGUCUCAAUGGAAGUCACAGCGGCCAGUGGGGCCGUCCGCCAUGCAACCGCGAGGUCUUCCCUUGCCAAAGAUGGCGCCAUCUUCGAAUACUACAUGGAGUCACCAUCGAUUCCAUCCAGACGCUAAUCUGCCACCUCGGACAAACCACCGACCGCCGCCGGUCCCGAGACUGAAUCUGCAAGCAUUAUUGUCGGCUAGUAGUACUAGGUUUAGUAGUACUAGUACUAGUCCAGCCCCAGGCGUCGUGUCGAUCAAAGAUAUAUUCAAACGGGUGCACGCGUAA